CCUGAAUUGGUACCUACAUGUAUGUAUGUAUAAUAGUGACUUUUAUCUCGUGCACAGAGUCAAUGUUAAAACGUCAGAUGCCAAGCAAUUAAAGAGUCCUAACCGUCAAUUAUUUGACUAUUUGAACCAAUACAUACGCUUCUCUUAAUUCUUUCCCCAAUUACUUACAUCCAUUAUAUCCAUUACGCACUUCCCGGAAUUAUCACGUAUACUCCCAUUCGCCCACUUACACGCUUAUACCAUCUACCAUCUACCAUCUACCACCCACCAUCAACCAUCAUACUCUCAAGAACACAACCAGAUGUGUUUCGGAAGUAAAGACAAAACCACCGACCCAGCUCCCAAGCCGGCCCCGGUCCCUCAAUCAUCAUCCACCACCGUCGCCGCCAAUCCCAAAGCCAGCAUGCCGCAACACUACGCGCCGCCUCCCGGACCCCCGCCGUCUCACGGGCAGGGUCAGUCCCAGUCAUCUCCUUACUACGCUCCCCCGGCCGGCCCACCUCCAUCUCAUCAUCAGGAGGAGUACGCGCCUCCCCCGGGCCCGCCUCCCCCAGACACAAAGAACAACCCGUUCUUCAACUCCAACCCCAACUCCAACUCCAACUCCAGCUCCGGCACGGAAUACGCGCCUCCGCCCGGUCCGCCACCAUCUCACGGCGGCCACGGAGAUUCCAAAAAGGAAAAGCAGCAGCAUAACUGGCAGACCGCCGUCCCAGACACCGCACUACUACCCCCUCCGCCCAACUUCUUCAGCGGCUUCGACCGCUCGCCCGCGAACAACGCCACCGAGGAAGAAUGCGAAGCCGGCGAGUCCUGGUGCAAGCAAUACCCGCUCUACGGCCCCAUGUCCCUCAGCCCCGCCGAAUCCGCCGCGCGCACCGGCAACAUAGCCAUGUACGCGCCCCCCUCAUUCACCGGGACCCUAACGCACGUCCGUCCCGGGGUAUGGACCGCGUCCUCUCCGCGCAACAGCCGCGAUACCUGUCUAGCGACGUACCCGCCGCUCUACCACGCCGCGGCGCACAGCCCCCUAGUCACCGGGUCCCUGAAAAAGACAGCGUACUACGAGGUCCGGAUCCUCGAGCGCGGCAGCCGAAGCGACGAGAUCUCCCUCUCGCUAGGCUUCGUCGCCCCGCCGUACCCCGCCUUCCGGCUGCCCGGGUGGCACCGCGGCAGCCUGGGCGUGCACGGCGACGACGGACACCGGUACGUGAACGACCGGUGGGGCGGCAAGGCGUUUACGUCGGCGUUCCGGCGCGGGGAGACGGUGGGGUUAGGCAUGGAGUUCUGCCCGCGGAACGGCGGCGGGGUCCGGGUCGAGGUGUUUCUGACGCGGGACGGUGCGGAAAGGGGCCGGUGGGAUCUGCACGAGGAGACGGACCGGGAGCAGGAUCUGCCGGUUACGGGGCUCGAGGGGUAUCAUGAUUUGUGCGCUGCCGUGGGGGCGUUUGAUAAGGUGGCGUUUGAGGUUGUGUUUGCGCCGGAGCUGUGGAGGUGGAGGGGGUAUGAGGGAUAAGACGGCGGAUGAGAGGGUAGAGAUAGAUAGAUAGAUGGUGGCGGUGGUUAGAAGUAGGGAGAUUAGGGGGAGGGGGAGCUUGCGGUGAUUUCUAUUUGCUUUUUACGAAUGGGUUUGAUAUGUUUUAUAGGAGUAUAGGUUAUGUUUGCGAGGCGGGCGGUUGUAUCAAUAUGCCAUGAAAUUUGUCUGCGUUAGGUUGGGACUUCGAUGGCUAUAAAGAAUCCGGUUUCUUUAGUUAACUACUUAGAUUCUUCCGUUGAUUUUAUGCUUGGGCUUGGAGGCUUGUUGUAAACCAAUCCCCUAAUCAGUACUUUGAUUUUCCUGUUUAUUUUAUAAUUAUAACCAGUUCUCUUUCAGUACCUAUGCAUGC